AUGGCGUCCUCGGCCCAUGAAGAAGUAUUGGUUGCCGUCAAAGCCAUUCACUACGCCUACCCAGCUUUCGUUAUCUUCUACUUCAUCGUCGCUUUGACAAUCACUGUCUGUACCCUGCAGACUCAGGCCUUGAGAAUUCGAGAUUCAGCCGUUCGUCGGGAUGUAAUUUUAGCUCUGAUCUUUGCUGUCACUGGAAGCUAUCUUCUAGAAUGUAUCAUAUUGCUUGUACGGGGCCUGGCUACCUCUGAAUGGUUUACUGGCCAGGAUCGCGUCGUCUAUCUGAUAUCUUCUGCGAUUGCCUUUGGAGUACAAGCAUUGGCCUUAACCGAUAGCAAGUUUCCCGUCUGGUACCCGUACUACGUCACUUGGUUUGUUGGAGUAGCUGCGGAAAUUGGUUUACUCAUCUUCCAGUCCCUCACGCAUUCACCAGUAUCCGCCUUUGACUACGUUGCAAUCGUCGUCCAAGCUUUGAGGAUAUGCACCUUUAUACUCCUACCCGCUUCAUAUUUCGGGUUUCGCAACGACAAGAAGCAGUAUGAGAACAACGAUGCAGAACGGCAGUCACUCCUCAGGAAAAAGCUUGCUCCAAAACCAUCAGAAUCAGAAAAUUCGACGCUAAAUGGUAACGAAAGCAGUAACGAUAGUGCACAUGCUCCUGGAUAUGGAACAAUAGAUACAACAACCGAAAAUUCGGAUUCCGACUCAGACGUCGAUCCAGAUGAAGAUAGAUACCUCAAAAGCGAGCGUGCAGCCAGGAAAUUGGUCCAGAAACGUUUGAAACAGGACGGUAAUUGGUUCACGUAUGCGAAAGGCUUUACUAUAUUCUUCCCAUAUGUCUGGCCUACGCGCGACAGAAGUCUGCAACUUCGAACUGUGUUUGUGGGGGUGUGUCUACUUUUGACAAAUGCACUGAAUGUUUUGGUUCCUAACCAGUUGGGUGUGAUGGUGGAUAAGCUGACAAAAUACUCUACUGGAGAUCACAAUCAGCAAAUUUGGGUAGCCAUUACUGUUUAUGCUGUAUUGCGUUUCAUCAGCAGUGGCGGCUGUAUUGGGUGGAUUCAGAGGUGGCUGUGGAUUCCAGUUGAACAGUACUCAUAUAACGCACUGAACACUGCCUCCCAUGCGCACAUCAUGGAUCUCUCCUCGGACUUCCACGACAACAAAAGCAGCUCAGAUAUAAUCCAAGCAAUGCGUGGCGGAAGUUCUAUUGCCGAUCUGUUGGAACUUGUUUGCUUCCAAGUUCUGCCAAUGUUUAUAGAUCUCGCCAUUGCCGUCGCAUACUUAUGGUCCAUUUUCGGACCUUAUAUGGGACUCAUGAUAGCUGCUACUGCGAUUUCUUACUUGUAUGUCACGACGAAGUUAGUAAGUCUCCGAGCUCCCAAGCGUCGAGACUAUAUCACCGUUUCGCGAAAGGAAUGGACAGUUGGUUACGGAUCACUUGACGGGUGGGUCACAGCCAGUCUAUUCAAUAUGAUCCCUCACGAAAAGCAGAAGUAUUCUUCAGCUGUCAAAUCGCACUUGAAAUCCAGGCGUAUUUUUGAGAUGUCAAGUCAGACCAUCAUUUUUUCUCAAGGCGUGAUUAUGGGUCUCGGACUCUUUGGCGCACUAAUCUUGGGCGGCUUUCAAGUUGCCACUGGUGAAGUGUCCGUAGGAAGAUUCACUACACUGCUUGUUUAUUGGGCGCAGCUUUCAAUACCUUUGGGAUUCUUUACCAGGAUGUUCAAGGACAUUACUUACAGCCUCAUGGAUGCUGAACGCUUAUUGGAAUUGUUUCAAACGAAACCAACCAUUACCGACUCGCCCAAUGCAAAACCACUAGGAUUGAGUCAUGGCCUAGUCAAGUUUGACUCUGUGUCUUUUGCCUACGAUCAGAGGAAGCCUACGUUGUCAAAAGUCAGUUUCACGGUUCCUGCGGGUAAAACAGUUGCACUCGUCGGUGAGACUGGAGGAGGAAAGUCUACCAUCCUGAAAUUGAUUGGUCGGUUCUAUGACGUUAAUGGCGGAAGUAUUUCCAUCGACAAUCAAGACAUUCGUGAAGUUACGGUAUCCAGUCUGCGAGAGAAGAUCGGCGUUGUGCCUCAAGAUCCAACACUCUUUAAUGACACUAUCAUGAAUAACAUUCGAUAUUCUCGAAUCGAUGCUAGUGAUUCGGAAGUCCAUGAAGCCUGUAAAGCCGCUGCUAUUCAUGAUAAAAUCAUGUCUUUCCCUGAUGGGUAUAAUUCUACUGUUGGAAAUAACGGCGUGAAACUUUCAGGUGGCGAGAAGCAGCGUGUGGCCAUUGCUCGAGCCAUUCUUAAAUGCCCAGAAAUCAUUCUGCUGGAUGAGGCUACUAGCGCCGUCGACACUAAAACAGAACAAUUGAUACAGGAAGGUUUUAACACGUUGUGCAGAGGGCGAACGACAUUUAUCGUCGCACAUCGACUAUCAACAAUCAUGAAGGCUGACCAUAUCUUGGUUGUUAUGGAUGGCAAGAUUGUUGAACAGGGCUCUCACCAAGAGCUGAUCCGUUCGGAAGGCAAAUACCACGAACUGUGGUCGAAUCAGAUUUUCAUCAAGCCUGAAAAUGAACGUCCUAGUUCUCGAAGCCCUGAGCAGAAGAAGUCGGGCAUCGUGAACGAUCUCAGUCCCACUCGCCACAAAGCGGAAUUAUCCAAGGUUACAGAGACUGCAGAUCAUGAACGUCCUCCAGGUAAGGAUGAUGGCAAGAAGCCAGAUGAAGAAAAAGAUGUAUCGAAAGGUCACACGAGCGAGGCCUCCAAACCGAAACAAGAUGCUCCUGAAUUUACCCCCCUUCAACCCACCACUUCGCCAGGCCCGGUUACGAAAGCAAUUUCAAAGCUGCAAAAGAGACUGGAGAAGGAACUGGAGAAGGAACGAAAGGCGAGUUUGAGUAAGAAGACUGCCAAGAAGACGACCAAGUUUGCACAACUUGAAGACACAAAAACUGGAAGCGAGUCACCUUCGGCCGGUCCAUUACCCGAGUUAGUGAUCAAGGCAGAAGAAAGCAGCAGGCCAAAGACGAAACGUACCAGAUUCUCUAGAAGAAACUUAGCAAAAAGCGAACCCAGCAGAGUUUCUCACGAUGGUGCUCAGGAUUCCGAUAUAACUGCAGCCAGCUCUGGAGAAGGCCAGCCUUCACUGCAAAAUAUUGGAAUGGUACAACGUCGUCGAGUGUCAGCUCCAAGUAAUCCUCCUUCUGCCCCACAAGGCUCUCGCCGAGCCAGAGCUCGUCCCCGACGAACUCGACACUGGCGGCUGAAGAACCGAGCCGCUGAGAACGGAACUAGCACUCUCUCAGGGGCAACGACUUCGGUAGAAGCAUCUGCUUUCGCGGAUAGACCGGCUGCCCCGCUUGCUAGCCCGGCUUCAGGCGCGCCGCAGAGUUCGACGGCCGUUAAUUGCGCUCCUGGUUCUUGA